AUGAGCGACUUCAAAUUCAACGGCCAGGAGCUCGACGUGGAUCUCAUUGCAUCCAUCGCCAAACUGCUGGACACCAACGGCAUUCCUAAUGUCAUGUGGGGGCCUUACGUUUUGACACGGUACGGGGCGCCUCUGGUCCUCCAGCUCAUCGAUAGAGCCCGCGAGGUCCUCCUCGGAGCGAACUUCGUCGCCUGCCAGGACGAGUGUCACCUGGUCGGGCAGUUUUGCGGCCUCCCGCGAGCGCCCGCCCCGGAUGAUCCCAGCUACAUGCUAGUCACCGAUGAUCGGCUCGAUGAGUACGACCCACGAAUGGGCUUAGGGCGAGAGCCAUAUACUCACUACCCCGUCAAAAUACCCACGCUUCCGCGCUAUGCGGAGUCCUUGGCGUACGGGUAUCUUCGCGAGCGGAAUCCCGAGGAUAAUGGGUCUAACCUUCGAGCAGGGUUUUUUUAUUAA